AUGCGAAUAUUUGAUCAAAUCAAUGUCAAUGAGAUUUGGAUGGUCAGCUUCAUUCUAAGCAAACCUGAUGGGAGGGGUCAAUGCAUUCUCAAGUUUGCAUGUGACUUCGAUUUUUUCGCCAAGGAUCAGAAGUGGGUGCGAUGGACAACCGCAAAGGACAUGGAGACACUUCUGAGUAGCCCCUGGUUAUGGGCCCCAAGUGAGGGCUCGAAGUUGGAAGUAAUAGCUUCAUGGAUAAACGCAGCUACUUCUUCAUGUGAAAGAGGCACCCUUGAAACGUCCUUCGCACAUUUUCUCUCAACACUAAACAUUAAAAACAUUUCAGCAUCCUUUAUUGCUGAAGGAUGGAAAGGCUUUCCCGAUAUGUCCACAGGCAGAUGUGAAAGUGGAGCAGUACAGAUAUCGGAUCUUGGAGUUUUAGUUCUUGGUGGAGCAGCAGAAUAUGGUGGAACGGCAUUGAAUACUGUCGAAUUGCUUCAAAGUUCUGCAGACAAUUCGUCUUGGUGCUCAUUUUCUCCGUUUUUUCAACCAAGGUCCACUCCUACAGUGGAAUUCUUCAAGGAAUGCGUCUACGUUGCCAGUUCUUUAAAUACUUGCAUACAGUCUACAGAAGUUCUAUCCAUAACUGAUGGCCGGCCAGGUCAGUGGACGUUGGUUUCGCAUUAUCUUUUCAGCGAUAGCCGUUUAUCUCCAAUGUUGGCAGUGAGUGACCAUCUCCACAUUGAAAGUAAGUAUCUGUAUAUUUUCAUGUUGUGCUCACAAGCCAACACCGCCUCUCUCAUUGUCAAACCUUAA